AUGGAUGAUCAUAACUCUCAUGUAUUCGAUAAUACCUACUAUUACAUCUAUCAGGUCGCAACUGGGAUGGUUUUGAAUUGUGGAGCAUUGAAAGAUCAACUUUGUGACCGAAAAAGCAGAGCCGAUGGAAAAUACAAUCGACAUUGGAGAUUUCUCCCAGUCCCUAACAAAGAGAAUACCUAUAAUAUUUUGAACCGAAGGGCCAACGGAGGGUGGUUAGAUGCUGAUACGGGAGGUUCAAGAGCUAGAAAAGAAUAUAGACCAGACAAUCUUUAUCAACAAUGGACCCUCGAGCCUGUUCCCGAAAACACUGGAAGAUAUUGGAUGGUACAAGUAGCUCGAAAUACUGGAAUCUCCACCAAAAUGGUUCUAGAUUGCAACGGCUACAAUGCUUCGGUUAGACAUUUGAACACAGAUGAUAAUAAUUUAUAUCAACAAUGGGAAUUCAUUCAGUAUAUGGAUGAACAUAAAAACUGGUUCCAAAUCUCCAAUGUCAUGUAUCAAAACGUCUACCUUCUAGCAUCAAAAGAUGGAACACUUCAAACCUAUGUCCAAAUGAGUUACCCAACAGAAUUAUUUAGACUGGAGCCAGCUCAUCUGAAAGGUGAAACAAACUUUUUUAUUUAUGGAAGAGAUUCCAAUCAAAUUCUUUCAACAAAAUCUGGUUCAAAUUCGGUUAGAAUGGUCAAUAGAGUUGAGGGUGCUGGAAAUGUGUGGACUGUGAAGCGUAACACUUGGACAGGGCGAGAAGACACUUAUUUUUUCAUUGACACAUUUGAUAAUGCUUUAGAGGCACCCCCUUCAUCAUCAACAAAGUUUGGUGCUGUUCAAGCUAAUCGUGUGGACUUUUUUAAUCCUGACCAACAAUGGAAACUCAACUUCAUCGACCCCAAAUCACAAGGUGUUGUAAUACCUUUAGAUUUGAACACUAAAACAUACUCUGUUGGUAUUUUCCAAUGGUUUUGUGACAGGGUUCAUAAAAGAUCUUUUAACCCCGAAGCUAUAGAUGGUGUGGGUUUAAUAAAAGGAGUCGAGAAUGGAAAUCUGGUUGGAGUAAGACUUAAGGAAAACAUAAGUGAGAUCCUCAAUAGUACUCCAAUAGGUUUCUCAUACUAUUGGGUAUACACACCCAAACAAGCCAUCAUCUAUGUUCUACAAAAUGAUGAAAAAGGUGGAAACAAGACAUACAUUGCCCACUCCCAGCUCGGAAAAGGUGAACCAGUCAUUUGUGCCGGGAAAUUCAAAAUGAAAGAGAAUUCAAACCUCGAGAGCAUUAUGUUCGGCUUGGCUGAUAAUUCUGGUCAUUACUCCCCAAAGGGUGUAAAGUGUAUUCCACCAGUUCUGGAAUACCUCAAGGGUCUUGGGUUUAAUGGUGUUGACUCUACUCAAAUUUGGGUGGAUGGGGACCCCUAG